AUGACAAUCCUGAUCUCGGGAGCUGUGGGAUCAGAUAAAGUUUCUGUCUCUGCUGCAGGCAUCAGACAGCUGUUUGGGAACAUGCAGGUUCUGAACAUGGUGCUGGGGGACAGGGUGUACUGGUACCUGAAGGGGAUGGCCAAUGAGGUGGACAUCCACACGGCCUACUUCCAUGGAUGCAGCAUUGACCAUAAGCUUAGUGGAAGGUCCUACCGGACAGUCAUGUUUCACCUAUCCUCAGCCACCUUCCAGACGGUGAAGAUGAAGCCUCAGUACCCCGGCUCCUGGUUGCUGCACUGCCACGUCACAGACCACAUCAUGGCUGGUAUGGAGACCAUCUACACCACCAUUGAGAAAGGUGAGGAGUGUGUGUGAGUUCACUAUGUGAAGAGCGGUGUUACCUUAGCGUGUGUGUGUGUGUGUUUAUUUAAUCAUUUUGCUGUUACUCCUACUUGUGAAUGCUCAUACAACUAACCCCUCUGUGUGUUUUUGUGUCUUCAGUAUAAAGUUUAUUUU